AUGCUGGGCCACUGCAGCCGCCCUGGCACGGCCGACGGUACCGGUAGCCCCAACUCUGUUUCAGUCGCUGAUGAAGGGACCUACCCACUGCGAAUGGAUAGCUGCUCCGAUGCCUGGUUACCAACACGGAUGCCUGGGGAAAUGCGAGGCUGCCAAAACGGGUCGCAUGAGAGAGAGGAGAAGGGGAAGGGGGAGGCGCGUGGCCAGCUGUACGAGGCUAAUCGAGCGACUGUGCCACACCUCGUGCUCUCUACCGGUAGGAGGUACCGGUACCUGUACGACUCGUAUACAAUCACAAUCCCCAUUCACUCAACUGACUCUGGGGUCUGGAAUCUACCCUACAAGGAGUCAAGGACCAGGAAAGAAGAAUCUGUUCAUGCUUACCUACUAUGCAACGAUGCAAUGUGCGACCUGCAUGUCCACUUUCAUUGUUCGAGAAUGAUUGCUCGUGUCACUCUGUCCUCCAUCAUACCCAUCACACCGUCCUACCACCACCGUCACCGUCACCGUCACCGUUAG